CCGGCCGGCAUGAGGGGCUGCCGGCACUGGGCGUCCGUCCCGGCCGUACCCCGGGCGCUGCUCUGUGGGCUGCUGGCGGCAGUUACUGUGGCGGAGGGCGGCCGCUCUCUCCCGCAGCUCAGCGAUGACAUUCCCUUCAGGGUGAACUGGCCCGGCGCCGAGUUCAGCCUGCCUACGACUGGUGUCCUGUACAAAGAGGAUAACUACAUUAUAAUGACCACUGUAGAUAAAGAAAAAUAUAAAUGUAUUCUUCCACUGAUAGCAAGUGGCAAUGAGGAAGAAGAAAAGGACUAUAAAGGUCCUACUCCAAGAGAAUUGCUGGAACCUCUUUUCAAGCAAAGUAGCUGUUCAUAUAGAAUUGAAUCUUACUGGACUUAUGAGGUCUGCCAUGGGAAACACAUCCGUCAGUAUCACGAGGAGAAGGAAACAGGGCAGAAGAUAAACAUCCAGGAGUAUUAUCUGGGAAACAUGAUGAUGAAGAACCCAUUAUCAGAACCAGAUCAAGAAGAGAAGGAAAGUCCAAAAGAGAAUACAAAAGAGAUACCUACAAAAAAUAUAGAAGGCCAAAUGACCCCGUACUAUCCUGUGGAGAUGGGAAAUGGCACACCUUGUAGCCUGAGGCAGAACCUGCCCAGGUCAAGUACAGUGAUGUACAUCUGUCACCCAGAAGCUAAACAUGAGAUUCUUUCAGUAGCAGAAGUUACAACCUGUGAAUAUGAAGUGGUUAUAUUGACACCGCUGUUAUGCAGCCAUCCUAAAUACAGGUUCAGGGCUUCCCCUGUGAAUGACAUCUUCUGCCAGUCUCUGCCCGGAUCCCCACUUAAACCCCAUAAUCUGGAACAGCUGGAGAAGCAGCAAGAAAUGCUGAAGAUGCCUUUCAGAAGGAUGAAGGAGGAAGAAAUACGUUCACCAAAGGAGGAGAAAUUUUCUGCAAUUCACAAGCCUGUUGCUGUUGGAAGCCAUCAGCUACUAACUGUGGGCACCACUCACAUCUCCAAACUGACUGAUGACCAGCUUAUAAAAGAAUUUCUUAGUGGUUCCUAUUGCUUCCAUGGGGGUGUUGGUUGGUGGAAGUACGAAUUCUGCUACGGCAAAUACGUUCACCAGUAUCAUGAGGAUAAGGAAAGUGGCAAGACAUCUGUGGUUGUGGGUACCUGGAGCAGAGAGGAGCACAUUGAAUGGUCCCGGAAGAAUGCGGCUCGAACCUACUACUUCAGAGAGGAUGGCACUCGGACAGUCAGGAUGGUGUCUCAUUUCUAUGGAAACGGAGAUGUUUGCGACCUAACAGACAAGCCAAGGCAGGUGACUGUGAAAUUGAAAUGUAAAGAAUCAGAUUCUCCUCAUGCUGUGACCAUAUACAUGUUAGAGCCUCAUUCUUGCCAAUACAUCCUUGGGGUGGAGUCCCCAGUCAUCUGUAAAAUCCUAGACACAGCAGAUGAACAUGGGCUCCUUUCAGUGCCCAGCUAAAGCCUGUGAACAAGAUGUGCCCCUCACUGACCCACUGGCAUUGCCCACGUGAGCAUCCCAUCUGAGAUGGCAAAGGCAGAGAGAUGCUUCCAGCCAACCUCACCAGCAGCAUUCUGAGAGAGGAGAGACUCCUGAACCACUCUGUGUAUAACUAUCUGUAUA